CACUUUAUUUAGAUCCCAAUCCCCUUGCUAUUCUUAUCCUAACAAUGCCCCCCACAUGCAUAUUUGGUAUUUGCAGUUCAAGUGCCCCCCUCCUAUUUCCCUAAGCCCCCCUCUCACCUUUCCACCAUAACUGUUCACUUCCUAAUUUUCUUCCCAGUUCCCCCAUUGUCCCAUAUACUCAGUAUUGUAUUCCCUCCCCCCCUGCUGCAUUUACUCUUUACCCCUCGUCCCAUUCCUGGUUGCUUCCCCAAUCCCACUGUGCCCUUCCUCCUCUGCCCCUUCCCAAUCCCCCUACACGCUUUGUGCUGCAUUCCCCAUUUUUGUGUUUUUUUUUUGUUUCUCAUUUCCUCCAUCUCAGUCCCCCUACCCUUCUCCCAUCCCCCAUCUCAUUGCAGCCUGCUUUCUUUUCUCUCCAAGGCAUUUCCCUGUAUGGGCUCUGUCUGCUUCCUGGUGCUCCUGUCCCUUUAAGAGGCAGUGCAGAGUGCUGGGAAUUCACGUCAGAUUCAGGACUUGCACACUUUAAGAUCAAUGAGCCGGAGGGAGGAAGGGGGGAGACUCACUUCUGCCUUUAGUUUCUCUCUUCCAGGAAGGAAAACAGAGGAAGAAAUCCCCCAGAGCAGCAGAGACAGCAGAGACAGAAGCAGAGACAGAAGCAGAAGCAGCAGUUCCACUCUGCCCAAAGCAACAGGAUCCAGUUGUCCUGCUGGGAGAAGUGCAAGGAGAGCCCCCCGAAUUCCCAGCAGCUGCCCCCCUGGACUACAAUGUGCUAAGUUUUUGUUUCCCAGAGGGGGAAGGGGGCUCCCCCCCUCGCUACACCCCCCCUAAUCCUUAAAAGAGCGACUCUGUUUCCUGGAAAUGUCUUCAGCCCAGUUUUACAUUAAGCAGGAGCAAAUAUCGUACUCCCCCCCAGACUGCCCUGUGCAGAACUGCACCACCUCCUCGCCCUCCCAACUCCAUGCCUCGGGGCCACGUAGGUACAAGAUGGAAGAGGAAACUGUCAAGCUGCCAGCGCAUCUACGUUUGCCUCCUGUGCACUGGAGCAGGGAGGACGUGUCCCAGUGGCUGCGUUGGGCUGAAAAUGAGUUCUCUUUGCGCCCCAUUGAAAGCAACACCUUCGAGAUGAACGGGAAAGCUCUGCUGCUGCUAACCAAGGAGGAUUUCCGAUACCGCUGCCCACACUCCGGUGAUGUCCUCUAUGAGGUUCUUCAGCACAUCCCGAAGCAGAGAAAACCUCGACUGAUUCAUUCCGCUCUUUUUCACACUGGAAACUCCCUUCAUGACCAGUCGGAAGCCUUGAUAUCCCAGAACCACCAUGAUGAUCACCAUUCAACAAGACCUCUUCGAACCCCCUCCCACAGCACCCCGCUGAAUACCCCAACUAUAGAGCUGCUUCAUCGCUCCCGAUCUCCUCUUGCCAAUCACCAUUCUUCCCCAGAUCCAGAGUCCCGCCCACUGCGGUCACCAAUGGAAACCCCCCUAGGUCGGCCGUCCCCCGUGGAUCGCUUGCACCGCCAUGCAAGUGAAAGCAACCAUCACACGCAAGAGUCCUACCCUCUGUCUGUAUCUCCAGCUGAAGCCAACCAUUGCCCCUCAGAGCUCAUCAAUAAACCCAACAGCCCACGACAAGAAACCCCACGGGUCAUACAGUUGAUGCCAAGCCCCAUUAUGCACCCACUGCUCCUCAACCCGCGGCACAGCAUGGAGUUCAAACAGCCACGACUCACGCAAGAAGAGGGGCAACAGCGAGAAGGAAAGCCCAUGAACCUGUCCCACCGGGAAGAUAUGGCUUAUUUGAACCACAUGAUGGUAUCUGUGUCCCCCCCUGGAGAUCAUGGCAUGCCCAUAGGCAGGAUAGCGGACUGCCGCCUACUCUGGGAUUACGUGUACCAGCUCCUGUCUGACAGCCGAUACGAGAAUUUCAUCCGCUGGGAGGAUAAAGAGUCCAUGGUGUUCCGAAUCAUGGACCCCAACGGGCUGGCGCGCCUAUGGGGAAACCACAAGAACAGGACAAACAUGACCUAUGAGAAGAUGUCACGGGCUCUGCGCCACUACUACAAAUUAAAUAUUAUCCGAAAGGAACCUGGACAGAGGCUCCUCUUUAGGUUCAUGAAGACCCCGGAGGAGAUCAUGAGUGGGAGAACAGACAGACUUGAGCACCUGGAAUCUCAGGAGCUGGAUGAGCAGAUGUACCAGGAGGACGAGUGCUGAGUGUCAUACCCAGAGAGAGGCAACGGCUCCUGGCCAAUCAGAUGCGAGAGAAGGAUGGGUUUGGAAAUAGCUACUUUCUACUUGAACCCCAAGAGCAUAGGUGUAUGCCGAAGCAUCAUUCAUCCAGAGGUCCAGUCUGAGAAACUCUGUGGAUGGAUCCAGAACCAACCUGGAGUUCCAGAUCCCUUCCUUAUCUUCUUACAUCAUUGCGCCAGCCUUAUGACAUCACUUCCUCCGGCUCCCGCAAUUGCACUAGAGACUUUAGAACUAUGGUCUGUGACUUAACCUUUACGAUGCCACUUCAAGCUCUGACACCACUUCCCGUUCCUGUGGAUUGAAACUUCCUACAUCAAAACCUCCUUUAUGGCAUCACCCUCUGAUGGUGACAUCAUCGUUAAACGCAUCACUUCCUUUACCUUUUACGGGCUGCGCCAUAGUUCCUGGUCAUUGAUAAAAUCGACUCUUUUUUGGUUUGUUUUUGUUUAUUUUUUUAAAUACAAAGACCACUGCAGAGAAAUGACAAUGUAUAGAAGGGGUAAAUUUGAUUGGUUGUUAAGGGUAUUUUCUUUUAUGGAAGUUUUUAUUGUUUUCCUUUAUGGUCUUGU